CAGGAUUCGUCAAACGGAGCUGUCAUACACAGAAGUUAAUUCAACUGUUGAUGUGAACGUCGUGUAAACGUAAAUAGAAGUCACACAACAAGCAGCAUGCUACAGAGAGACACGUGCUCACCGACACCCAGUACAUAUACCCUCCCCUCAACGUCCACCCCUCCCACCAAACUGCCCCCUCCCCACGCGCAAGAUGAGGAAACCUUGGUGGCGGCGACACUUUUGGCCCUGGAGACGGGAGAUCUUACCCCCCUUAUAAAAGAGGAACUCAAAUACACUAUACAGUCAAGACGUGUAUCGGAGGGCAAGAGGGAGCUUCAAGUGGGCUUCAAACAGCCUCAGACGUACAAGUUGACUGACGAGGAGGUUGAGAGGGUAGAUAGGAGACGGGAACAGAAUAGACUCGCAGCCCAGAAGUUCCGGCGGAAACAGAAAGCCGAGGCUGAUGUGCACAUCAAACGGAUACAGAGACUGGAAUCUUCAAACACAAAACUGAAAGAGGAGCUUCGAAGUUUAAGAGAGGAAAAAAGCCAACUCUUCUACCAUUGGUCGUCACAUAUGAGUGUAUGUCCAGCCCGAAUAGAGACCCGAGGACCCGAUACCCCCGGGUUUGUCCUCGGACAAGGCACUACAGGAUACGAUGUCACUUGAUUCAACAGUAGCUAAAAGGAUAAAAUGUCAUAAACGACAUGAAGAAAUAAUCCAAAAAAUAGAGUGCUGGACGGAAACCACGAGAUCACCAAGUGAAAGUUGUCCGACUAUGGCUGUUUGACAUAUUCGUGACUAUCUGGGACCCGAGUGUGACCAGUAAUUAUAAAUAUACACAUUAUGUAGACAUGUCGAUCACCCAUUGCGACAGUGUUACACUGGAUGCCUCCUGGAACCAACCAAAGUCCCCCAGAGGCAGUUAGACAAAGCGAUCCAAAGGCAUGCAACUAUCACUGAACGUUUCUUGUGUUAUGCGGUAAAUGUAGGAAAGUUGUUUUUGUUUUUUGUACAGAGCUUUAUAGUAACAGACUAUCAAUCCCACUAUAUUUAACCAUACAAGUAUACAUGUAUGUUGUUUAAGUUUCAUAACCCGGUGCUUAAGUCUAUAUAUUCAUUGUCGACUAGCGUUAGAGAUAUACUUAAUGCAUGUGAUGAAUAACCUACGUGAAUGUAUUACUAACUUAAUCGGUAACGAUGUAAAAUGUACAUAUGAGAGAAACAAUGUAUGUGUGUAAUUCAAUUACAAAUACUUAUUGUAUAUGUUUUACAAUCGUUUGAUAAAAUCGAAGUAUCUUUC